AUGGUGGGGUGUAUUAUAUUCAUCAAUGAAGCGGAUGAAAAUCGUUGAAGAUCAGAAUUCAAAUUCAAGCAGAAAAAAAUCAUUUGCGUGGGCCUUGAUAGACAAACUUACUCGGUCUCUAUACUGAUUAAAGGUAACACGUACUUUGUAUGAUGCGCUUAAGCUGGUCUAAAUACCAUCAUUAUGUAAAAAUAAUACUCAAUUUGUCACAUUCUGUAUGACGCACUUUUCUUUUUCAGUCCAUCUAAAAAAAAUAGUAACACACUUUCCUUAAAUGCAUAUAUCUAGUCAAAUAGCAAGUCCCUCAAGUUUAAAUUCUAAAUCCGCAUCCACUCUCCAACUCCAUUAUAUAAACAUCAGCACUUCUAUCCUGCAGAUACACACAACGCACCCAGUUUCUCUUUUUUGUUUUUUUUGUUUUGUUUUUGUUUCUGUUUUCUUCAUUCAUCAAUGGCUAAAGAGGGAAUAAAAGUGCCAAGAAUGAAACUGGGUUCACAAGGCCUUGAAGUAUCUGCCCAAGGACUGGGUUGCAUGGGUAUGUCUGCAUUUUAUGGGCCCCCAAAACCUGAAUAUGAAAUGAUCAAACUUGUUCACCAUGCCAUUAACUCUGGUAUCACUUUUCUUGAUACUUCUGAUAUAUAUGUCCCUUACACCAACGAAAUCCUCAUAGGCAAGGCUUUAAAGGGAGGGAUGAGAGAACAAGUUGAGUUAGCAACGAAAUUUGGAAUUAGUUCUGCAGAUGGGAAAAUAGAGAUAAUUGGAGAUCCCUGCUAUGUUAGAGCUUCAUGUGAGGCCAGCUUAAAGAGACUUGAUGUUAAUUGCAUCGAUUUGUACUAUCAGCAUAGGAUUGACACGCACGUGCCAAUCGAAAUCACGAUGGGAGAACUUAAGAAGCUGGUUAAAGAGGGUAAAAUUAAAUAUAUAGGUCUCUCGGAGGCUUCAGCAGGGACCAUCAGGAGAGCGCACCAAGUUCAUCCAAUAACAGCAGUUCAAUUAGAAUGGUCUCUGUGGUCAAGAGAUGUAGAGGAAGAAAUAAUUCCUACUUGCAGGGAGCUUGGAAUUGGAAUUGUAGCAUACAGUCCCUUAGGAAAAGGAUUUCUGUCAUCAGGUCCAAAACUGCUCGAGGAUUUGUCGAAUGAAGACUUUCGGAAGCAUAUCCCAAGGUUUCAAGCCGAGAAUCUUGAGCAUAACAAGAUCUUGUACGAGAGAAUUUGCCAAAUGGCAACCAAGAAGGGAUGCACGCCGUCUCAACUAGCCUUAGCGUGGGUUCACCACCAAGGAAAUGAUGUGUGCCCCAUCCCAGGUACCACUAAGAUCGAAAACUUCAACCAGAAUAUCGGAGCUUUGUCAAUUAAUUUAAAUACAAAAGAUAUGGCGGAGCUUGAAUCCAUUGCUUCAGCUGAUGCAGUCAAAGGUGAAAGAGAUGCCUCUGGUGCAACUACUUAUGAUUAUAAAAACUCUGAUACUCCACCCUUGUCAACUUGGAACGCUGCACGAUAGAGUUUUGCGCACCAUACAUUAUAAUACAACGACACAUGUUUUUUGUUGGAAAUUGUAAACUUAAAUGUUAAAAGUUAUGUUUCUUUAAGCGUCUAUGUUUAUUUAACUUUUGUGUUACCGAAAUAUAUA